AUGGACGGUUGGCGACUGGAGAAGCAGCUCGGUCCGGCUCCGAAGGCCCUUGACCCCACCUGCACCGGUCACCGAACCACCGGAGACCUCCUGGAUGGCAGCAAGAGUGGCAAUCUCCAGCUCAUGACCGGGUUUGUCCUGCGGGCGCCCAAGCCCCAGAUGGAGCCGGAGAAGAAGUAUUUCCCCGAGGCAGCGGAGUCGUCGGGCGACUGGCUGCCGGGCGUCCGCAAGGAUGGCUCAACGCAGUGGGUGGAUGUCCAUGACACCUCGAGGGGCGACAAAAUCACGGAACAGGAGCCCGCGGUCGCAGAUGCAGAGCACGAGCCUUCGUCUGGGCCCACCGCCGUGCAAUUCGUGGCCAAGUGGGAGGAGUUGAUGCGCUGGGAGCGCGAGGCUUUAUCGAGAUGUGCUACGAUGACGGUGCAGAUGAAUGAGCGGUUCAUGCAUUUGCUUGCGGAUGCUUCUUCGAUUUCAGUUCGAGGUCUCUCUGACGGUGAAAGCGAGAUUCUUCUUCGAAGCCGAGUUGGACUAUUGGGCUAA